AAAGCAUUGCAGUGGAGAACGAACCCGACCUAGCGGUCUUUGACAGUAAUACCACAGAUAUGGCAGCUGCGGUUUUGCAGUUUGAGAGACAAUCUGACAACAACGAAACAAUUCAUAACACGAAACCUUACAAAACAACCACCUUACUUUUUACGAUACAAUACGUAUCCAUUUAGAACUAUAAGCAAUGGAGUAAAUUCAUAGUUGAAGACACUUUUAUUCUGAUUGAGUAUUGAACUACUGCUACAAUAAAUUCGAACGAUUCUACUUUUCCGAUUUGACCGAUUACUUCCCGACGCUCCCUUGACGUGGAGCAGCGUCAUUGCGGAAGUAGCUAAGUCUACGUGGGGAAGGAAGGUUGGCUUGUUCGUGUUUGAACUAAACUCUGCCUAAAACACGAUAAAUGUGCAACCUACGGAACCUACAAUAACCCUACCGCGCCUCGCGGAACCUACAACCUCCCCGCCCGCUAGCUGAAUGGCCUUGUACCGCCAGGGCGUGUAGAUCCGAUGGGAGGGAUAGCCGGGUAGUUCCCUGUAAUGCUUCGGUGGCUGCGGCAGUCUCUUAGGCAGGUGUCUAGUCUGAUGGCCCGGAGACCAGUGCUUGUCUGCGGGGCGAUACUGCUGAGCGUCCUGCUACUACUGGCCGUUACAUUUACCUGCAGCCGGGCUAAGAAUGUGGUUGCGUCUGCGCGUCCCCCGGUGAGGUUCUUCUCUGCCGAGGCCCCUGUAGUGGACCUGUACCUGGGUCAGCUGGAGCAGGUGGAGAGGCUGAGGGGCGCGGCAGAGGUGUCCGUCAUCUUCUUCUACGCUCCCUGGUGUGCUCACUCCAUCGCUGCUCGCCACGAGGUCCAGGAGGUCGCACGGAGACUGGUCAAACAGGUGCAGUUUGUGGCAGUGAACUGUUGGUGGAGCCAGGGGAAAUGCAGGAAACAGAAGAGCUUCUACCAAUACCCUGUCAUCCACCUGUUCUACAAGAGGUUUGGCCCUAUAGAGUACAAGGGUCCGUUCCUGGCUUCCUAUGUAGAGAGGUUCAUCCUGAGAGUCAUCACCCCACUGACCUACCUACCAUCACGAGCCACACUACAAGACUUCCUGUCUUAUCACGAGCCGGGGGUAGUGGGUUAUUUCCAGUUCAACUCUUCUCCUCAGCCUCCCGGCUACAUCACAUACCUCUCCUCAGCUCUGCAGGCCUUGAAGAGAGACUUCCGUGGUGCGGUGCGUUUCGGGGUGGUGACCAGUAGACAGGUGGCAGAGUCCAUCUCAGUCAGAGAUGACCAGACCGUCUACCUGCACCGACACUUCAACUCCUCAUUGAUUUUCCCUAGUUGGGAGCGUAACUUCACCUCUGAAGGCAUCUGUUCCUGGGUCUUUGAGCACCGCGAGACCGUCCUCCAAUGGCUGGCGCCGACUGGUGCUAAGUCCCGCCUUCUGGAGCAGGAACUGACCAAAGGCCCUGCCCUCCUGCUCUUCCUGCCCCACAAUCCCCUGGGGCCCGGCCCCGACCCGCUGCUGACGCAGAUUGCAGACGUCGCGGUUCGCUACCAUUCCUGUAGCGACUCCCCUCACCACCACCACCACCACCCCUCUGACCACUACUACUACAGUGGACCCUCCCAGCCCCUGUCUCCCCCUCUCUGCUGCCUCUCAGUGGUUCUGCCCAGGCCACACCCCCUCCCAGGCUCCACCUCCAGGGUGUGUGAGCUUUGUCUCAACCAGUCCAAUCCGGGUCGCUCUCCCCUCUGCACCUUCCCCUCCCAGACAUCAGGUGGUGCUGCCGUGCUCCAGUCCUACCUCAGACAAUGCUGCCUACCUGUUGCUGCGACGGGGAGGACGGUUGCCUGUAGUAACAUCCUGAGUAGCUACAGCCCGUCGUCAGGUCGCUAUAGUGCCUGUUGUAGAACUCUGGGACAGCUAGGGGUUUCCCUGCCCCCACAGCAGGUGCUAGGGCUAGACAACGAGGGGUUAGGGACACCCCCUCCCUCACCAUCCUACUCCCAGGACUCCUCCCAGGACGACUCCCAGGACUCCUCCCAGGACUCCUCCCCCUCCUCCCAGGACCAGGAAGCAGGCGGGAUUAAAGGGUUGAGGUGUCGGACAAAUAAGACGCUCAGGUUCUACAUCCUGGACUCCGCCCUUCACUGGCCGCUGGCGGUGCGUCUCGGGGCGCUAGGCAACAACGAGAUGGGUAGCGGUGGCCUGGGGGAGUUAGGAAGGUUGCUAGGCAACGGGACCGGUGAUGGCGCACAGUCGUUUGCGACCAUCGUGAACCUGAAGGAUGAGGUGCACUACGUUCUGGACCACAGAGGAACCGCUACUGUUACAGAGUCUCUGGAGUUGUUCAUCAGGAACUUUAGCACCUCCCACAGCCCACUGCAGAGACGCCUGGUGGGGAGGAGAGAGGAGGAGGAGAGGCCCCAGAAGAGACCCCUCAUCUCAGAGCUGACCACCACCUCUUUCCUUACUACUGUCAUGGAUCCUCACAGGGAUGUGGUGCUGUUCUACUACAGUCAGUGGUGUGGCUAUAAAACGUGUUGUGUUCUCCAGGAUGUGGUGCUGUUCUACUACAGUCAGUGGUGUGGCUAUAAAACGUGUUGUGUUCUCCAGGAUGUGGUGCUGUUCUACUACAGUCAGUGGUGUGGCUAUAAAACGUGUUGUGUUCUCCAGGAUGUGGUGCUGUUCUACUACAGUCAGUGGUGUGGCUAUAAAACGUCUUGUGUUCUCCAGGAUGUGGUGCUGUUCUACUACAGUCAGUGGUGUGGCUAUAAAACGUGUUGUGUUCUCCAGGAUGUGGUGCUGUUCUACUACAGUCAGUGGUGUGGCUAUAAAACGUCUUGUGUUCUCCAGGAUGUGGUGCUGUUCUACUACAGUCAGUGGUGUGGCUAUAAAACGUCUUGUGUUCUCCAGGAUGUGGUGCUGUUCUACUACAGUCAGUGGUGUGGCUAUAAAACGUGUUGUGUUCUCCAGGAUGUGGUGCUGUUCUACUACAGUCAGUGGUGUGGCUAUAAAACGUGUUGUGUUCUCCAGGAUGUGGUGCUGUUCUACUACAGUCAGUGGUGUGGCUAUAAAACGUGUUGUGUUCUCCAGGAUGUGGUGCUGUUCUACUACAGUCAGUGGUGUGGCUAUAAAACGUGUUGUGUUCUCCAGGAUGUGGUGCUGUUCUACUACAGUCAGUGGUGUGGCUAUAAAACGUGUUGUGUUCUCCAGGAUGUGGUGCUGUUCUACUACAGUCAGUGGUGUGGCUAUAAAACGUGUUGUGUUCUCCAGGAUGUGGUGCUGUUCUACUACAGUCAGUGGUGUGGCUAUAAAACGUCUUGUGUUCUCCAGGAUGUGGUGCUGUUCUACUACAGUCAGUGGUGUGGCUAUAAAACGUGUUGUGUUCUCCAGGAUGUGGUGCUGUUCUACUACAGUCAGUGGUGUGGCUAUAAAACGUGUUGUGUUCUCCAGGAUGUGGUGCUGUUCUACUACAGUCAGUGGUGUGGCUAUAAAACGUGUUGUGUUCUCCAGGAUGUGGUGCUGUUCUACUACAGUCAGUGGUGUGGCUAUAAAACGUGUUGUGUUCUCCAGGAUGUGGUGCUGUUCUACUACAGUCAGUGGUGUGGCUAUAAAACGUCUUGUGUUCUCCAGGAUGUGGUGCUGUUCUACUACAGUCAGUGGUUGUGGCUAUAAAACGUGUUGUGUUCUCCAGGAUGUGGUGCUGUUCUACUACAGUCAGUGGUGUGGCUAUAAAACGUGUUGUGUUCUCCAGGAUGUGGUGCUGUUCUACUACAGUCAGUGGUGUGGCUAUAAAACGUCUUGUGUUCUCCAGGAUGUGGUGCUGUUCUACUACAGUCAGUGGUGUGGCUAUAAAACGUGUUGUGUUCUCCAGGAUGUGGUGCUGUUCUACUACAGUCAGUGGUGUGGCUAUAAAACGUGUUGUGUUCUCCAGGAUGUGGUGCUGUUCUACUACAGUCAGUGGUGUGGCUAUAAAACGUGUUGUGUUCUCCAGGAUGUGGUGCUGUUCUACUACAGUCAGUGGUGUGGCUAUAAAACGUGUUGUGUU